AGCCACGCGCAUCAUAUUUUUCGUGACAUGGUGGGUGGUUCUGUUGAAGCCUACUUUAAAAAGACACGGAGAUACACAGACAGAGAGAACGGGAGUGGGCAAAUCCACGGCACCAUGACGCACCGGUCAGAGCAUCUCCUCCAGUGAUGCUCCAUUGAAUCAUUUAUCAACAGAAAACCAGUGCUGCUCGAGACAGUUGCCAUGGACUCUCUCGGCUGUCUGGUCUUACGGAUAUCGGUUCUUCUGUACGGCACUUGCGGGGUUCUGGCAUUCAUACCGGGAAUAACGGAACCGGAGUUCAUCCGCCGGUGUGUGCUGGCGCACAAUGCGCACCGCUCGCGCGUCUCUCCACCUGCGGCCAGUUUGCACUCUAUGUCAUGGGACAAAGAAUUGGCCAAAGGAGCAAGGGACCGGGCGAGACACUGCCAGGCUUCUCAUGCCCCUUCCAUGGCACAUUUCGGACACCCAAUGUUCGGGUGGAUGGGGGAGAACAUCUGGUUAGGAGUUCCCUUUUCAGCCUUCUCAGUGGAGAACGCCAUACACAGAUGGAAUAAAGAGGGAGCUUAUUCUCUCAAAACAAACAACUGCUCGAGAUUUUGCGGCCACCACGCACAGUUAAUGUGGUCUACGAACUUCAAGGUUGGCUGUGCUGUUAACGUGUGCACUAAAGGAAUCGAAAACUUCUCCACACAUCCGGAAUCCACCAUUUUUGUCUGCAACUACGGCGAUUCGGGACAAGUUCAUGGUGUGACUCCAUAUAUACCCGGUGGGGCUUGCAGCGGUUGUGGCUCAGAGAUCUGUCGAGACAACGUCUGCAGAUAUGAUUGGUUCCCUGGUUGGGACUAUGGCCCCACCUCUUCAGCCCAAAGUGUCUCCAAUUGGCUGAUAUAUGUUGGACUACAAGGACUUUGUUGGCUACUUAACUUUUAUGCAACACAUUAAUGUCAUUCUGUUAACCUGGUCUAUUUCAUUUCAGACUCCUCAUCAAUUUUUAUUUCUUCAAUUAACAAAACAAUAAUAAAAAUGUGAAGAAAACUUCUCUAUAGCAAAUAUAUAUAAGCUGUAAAUAAACACUGUACACCAUUUAUUUUAGUAUCAUACACAGCAGGUCUACACAUGCAUUAUUUAAAGACUCUUUCAUGUUAGUACAUCCAUCAUGAAAGUGAUUAUAAUAAUAAUAAAAGUUAAUAUUUUAUACUCUAA